AGACGGCUGGCGGAUCGGGUGUGCUGCUGUGUCGUGCUGCUGCUGCUGACGAUGACGAAGUAGUAGUCAUAAGUUGGUGAAAGAGGGUUCCAGCAGGUGAAACGGGCGCUGAAGUUGGACAAGCGAGUGUCGGAAAGGAGGACAAGAAAAAAACUUCACUGAUGAACAAGGAUAUGGUCGUGUUGGUGCUGGCAGCAACCGUGACUCUGCUCUCCUCGGCGUCAGCGUUCGACCAGAGCCUCCUGCAGCGUAUAGAAAGCAGGACAGCUAGCGAGUGGCAGGCCGUCUGGAGCGAGGAGAGGCUGGCCCUGUGUCGCGCCCGCCUGAGGCACAACCUGGACGCCAUCUGCGGCAAGGACGUCUACAGGAGGUCGCCGGGCCACCAAGGGCGCUACAAGCGGCGGGCGCCCAAGUGCCUCCGGACGCAAGGUGGAACGACCAACAACAGCGGAGACAACAGGAGUACCACAACCAACUCCAAUGCAGUUAUGACCUACCCUCCGUCGGCACCAGUUGUACGACCGUCCCUCCCUGACACUGGCCAAAACACAGAUGAAGGAAGGUCCCCCUUCCUGAGCGUCCAGCAAGCUAACCUUUUCGUGACCACCUGGGUAAGGGGAGGUGGACCUGUACACGGUCGACGUCGUAGGCAGUCUCAGUCAAUCACUUCGGAGUGUUGCACAGCGGCUGGUUGUACUUGGGAGGAAUAUGCUGAAUACUGCCCUACCUCCAGCAGAGUGCGGCCUGGAGUUAUACCGAUCUAAUGUGUAGAAUGUCCAGCUCUCAGCAGAGUACUACGACCUGGCCUGGAGUUAUACCAAGUUAAUGUGGCAUAUAUAUUUACCAACUACUAGCGGAGUAUGGCCUUGUUUGAAGUUAUAAUUCUAAUGUGUAGAAUUUUGUCCAACGUUCAGCAGUUAUGCUAUGUAGAGUUUUGUUCAAUUCUCAGCUAAUUGUCGAAUGUUGUCCAACUACUAGCACAGUACGGCCUGUCCUGGAGUUAUAUUAAGCUAAUGUGCUGGGUGUUAUCCAUCUCACAGCAAAUUACAGCCUGAGGUUAUAUACCAAGCUAACUGUAGGAUGUUGUCCAACUCCCAGAAGAAUACGGCCUGGAAUGAUACCUACCAAUCAAAAUGAUCUACCAGAUGCUGUCCUCUUCUCUGACAGAGUUCCAGAAGCUUAAUAACUCUGAAUAGGCAUCUCACCUGUUGUAGUUACUGUAGAUUUUGCUUGAUUUGGGCAACGAACUAAGUCUUAAGAGCUUUCAUACCUUGAAACAACAUCUGUUUGCUUUGCACUUAUUUUAAAAUAAAUGCAGAUUUUUAUUGACCAGUAUUCAUGAGUUAAAGGUUUAGUCUUGGACAAUGCCAUCUAUUUUUAGUCAAAUUUAAACUUACAGGGUGCCCAUACACUGAGAGCUGUUUCACAACUGGGACAAAUUCUGUGUGAUUCCACUGAAAGGAAACACAGGCUGUGCUGGUUUUCUUUGGAGCAAAUUCUGUCAGAUUUCACUAACAGAAGCGCUGGCUGCUAAGGAUUCCUGUCACUAGUAAACACCUGGUAAAGUAAGCUUUUGAACACCUCUCAGUGUAACCAACCCCAAGCAGACUCUCAGUCACGCGAAAUUACGUUGAAGUCAGAUCACAGUGGCUGAUGCGAUCUGACCUCACCAGAUUAGAUCAAGACUGUGGUCAAACUUUUCCAACCCAAUCAUUGAAAAGAAAGCUGAUAAUGAAAUGUAAAUAUAUAUAUAAAAAAGAAGAAAAUCAAUGUCUGCAUUAACUUGGUAGUAUUCAGAAAUAUAUAUACGCAUGCAAUGAUUUCCAUAGAUUUACUUAGCCACCUAUGCUCAACAAUGCAGUUACUUAAGGUCUAGUGUAGUAGGCCCCAUGUACAGUACACCUAAGUAGAAAUUAAACGAAAUAUAUGAAUAUGAGUGUGACCUUCAACCUUACAGAGAGAAUAACAAAACAAUUGCUCAGAUACUUGUAAUGAAGACAUGUAGAGUAGUGCAACUACUUGUAGGAGA